AUGGAAUUGCUUAAAGACUAUGAUUGCAUAAUAGAUUACCAUCCAGGAAAAGCCAAUAUAGUAGCUAAUGCCCUCAGCCAAAAGUCAUUGGCAGUUUUAAAGGUAAUGAAUGCUCAUCUAAGGUUGAAAACUGAUGGUGUGAUUGUAGCUGAAUUAAGGAUUAAAUCCAGUUUGAUUCAACAGGUGCAAGAUGCACAGAAAACAGAUGAGGAGUUAAUGGCAAUAGUUAGUAAAUCGUCAGAUGAGAAGGAAGGCGAAUAUGUGGUAAAAAGAGAUGGUUAUUUGUAUUACAAAGACAGACUCUGUGUGCCGAAUGUAAGAGAUUUGAAGCAGAACAUCCUCAGAGAAGCACACACUUCUGCUUAUGCUAUGCAUCCAGGCAGUAACAAAAUGCACCAGGAUCUGAAGAUGCAUUACUGGUAG